AUGUCCGACUCCAAGACCCCAAUUGACACCGACUUGAUCACGUUGACCCGCUUCAUCAUCGAGGAGCAGCAGAGGCUGGCGCCCGAGGCGACAGGGGAGCUGUCGCUCUUGCUCAACGCGUUGCAGUAUGCGUUCAAGUUCAUCGCGCACACAAUCAGAAGAGCGGAGUUGGUGAACUUGAUUGGUCUCUACGGACAGACCAACUCGACCGGGGACGACCAGAAGAAGUUGGACGUGAUCGGCGACGAGAUCUUCAUCAACGCGAUGAAGGGCUCCGGGAACGUGAAGGUGUUGGUGAGCGAGGAGCAGGAGGACUUGAUCAUCUUCGAGGGCAACUCGGGCAACUACGCCGUCUGCUGCGACCCGAUCGACGGGUCGUCGAACUUGGACGCCGGGGUGUCCGUCGGAACGAUCUUCGGCGUGUACAAGCUCCAGCCGGGCUCCACGGGCUCCAUCAAGGACGUGUUGCGCUCCGGCAACGAGAUGGUGGCCGCCGGCUACACCAUGUACGGUGCGUCCGCGCACUUGAUGCUCACCACCGGCUCCGGCCUCAACGGCUUCACCCUAGACACGAACUUGGGCGAGUUCAUCUUGACCCACCCGCACUUGAAGCUCGACGACAGCAGCCACAAGAAGAUCUACUCCGUCAACGAGGGGAACUCGCACUACUGGAGCGACGACAUCAAGGAGUACAUUGCCUCCUUGAAGCAGCCCCAGGCCGACAACCACGACAAGCCCUACAGCGCCAGAUACAUCGGCUCCAUGGUGGCCGACGUCCACAGAACGUUGUUGUACGGUGGCAUCUUCGGCUACCCGGCCGACUCCAAGUCCAAGACCGGCAAGUUGCGUGUCUUGUACGAGUGUUUUCCAAUGGCCCUCUUGCUCGAGCAGGCCGGCGGCAUGGCUGUCAACGACAAGGGUGAGCGCAUCUUGGACCUGACUCCAAAGAAGAUUCACGAGAGAAGCGGCAUCUGGCUCGGCUCCAAGGACGAGGUCGAGAAGUUGUUGACCUUCAUCAAAAAGUAA